AUGCACCGAUCCACAACUCGCACGGCGCGCGCUCGCACUCUCGCGGGCACGCUCACACUCAUACUUCCUCCCGCAUACGUGAGCCCUCCGGCGGCCACAGUCAUGCGCACGCGCACGCGCAUACUCAUGCGAAGGGUCAAGCCGCGCAUAUACCCACGACCAGUCGCACCCAAACACGUCCGACCGCGCAUCGCGAACACCGCCAUCGAAGGGAUGACCGUGAGCGCGAGCGCGAACGCGGGCGCACACUUCACCGAAACGAGCGACGGCCAAGUGUCUCCGAAGCUUCACAUGUGGCCACUCUGGGCGGAACGUCAACCCGAGAGCACACCGCCAGUCACUCGACGCGUCCAUCGCCUGCCCAUACAUCUCGCCAUCAUCGACAUCCGCCCCAGCCAAAAGCUCCUACGGCGCGUCCGACAGUACCUGCCCAUAAACACGCGUCUUCUCAGAACCAGGUGCCCGCUUCUCAGAGCCACGCCCGUGACCACCGAUCGCACGUCCACGCUCAUACGAAUCAACCCCCAAAUAGCCACGGGCACACCUAUCCCCCAGUGCACCAACAACACCAGCACCACGAAGCGCCCCAGCUCGGCGUAG